AAUAUGGAAAAAAUAAAAUACGUUACCUUCUCAGAUGUGUUAGUAAUUUUAUGCGCUUUCCUAAUUUUCCACGUAAAUCAUAUUUCAAAAACACCCAUGACUUAUGAACGGUGAUACCGUCAAAACAGUCAUCAUUAUCGUGCUGAUAUGUGAUUAUAACCGAAGUAUAGGCGUUUAAUCACACAAGACAUUCGGGACAUUGUAAGAAUUCUAAUUGUCAUUUAUUCUAGUUAUUUGAAGUUUCACAUGCAUGAAGGAGAAGAGACUUGCAUUUAUAGCAGGGCAGCUGCGUAUACAUAUAAAGGGAGUACCCUCAGUUAAGGAAGAGAUAAAAGAAGAAAUUACAAUAGAGGAAUUCCGGUUGGAUGUAGAAGAUUUUAUCACAGUCAGGAAGAAUGUUGUUAUGGAGACAGAGGCAGAUUCAGCUGGUGAGAUACAGCUUUCAUCCCCACAUGCAGAUGAUCAUGUUAUUGCAAGGAAUGAAGAGCUGCGAGAACCCAUUUUGUUUGUUGAUGUUGAAGCUGAAAAAGAAAAUGAGCCCGUAAGUAAUGAAGAGGACAAUAAUUGCGUCCAACAAAUUCCUAAUCAACAGAUUCAUGCAGAAACAAGUGAAACACAAGCUGUUCCAGUCACAUCUCAGAAUGGGAGAGUUAAAAGAUGUAAUAUAGCUCUUCCUCAUAAUGGAAUGCAGUAUAAGAGGACUGCAUAUAACAGAAAGAGGAGUGGUGAUGAGUAUAUUGUCUUUGGUAAGUUUGUUGCUCAAGAGUUACGUUCACUGCACUCAGAAAUACAUAGAAGGCUGCUGAAGCGGAAGAUACAGAAAGCUGUCUUGGAGGUUUCAGAAUUAGAUCAUCACAAAGCGGGUCCACAUGAAAGACAGUAAAUGGAGUUUUAUUUUGUUAAGAAUUUGAAUUAUUUAUUGAGGUAGUAAAUGACUGUGGGUUAAAUGCUAUUUCUAGGUAAUGUAUGUUUUUAUGUUCAGAUUCAUACUAAGAUGUGCCUUUGUUUUGUUUUCAUUUGCAAAAGACCUCAAAGUGCAUUUUUAUUUUCUACUCCAUAGAAGAAUUUACUUCAACCAGCAUUUCUUAGCUAUACAUGUGAGUAAUAGUGGUUUUGUAUAAAUAUUUUUGUAACAAUAUUGUAGUUGACUGUAAAUUACCUCAUAACUAUGUAAUUUAUAUUCAUAUUAUAAAGAAGUAUUGUAUUUGUGCUGUGACAUGUUCUACAUCCUUGGCUUUGGCCUGUGAAGGAUCUAUGGAAUGUGAAUAAAUUUAUUCUACUGGUGCAUAGCUAUACAGUUAA